GCCAUUUUGCGCUGAAGUAGAGCGAACGCGCUGCGUAGCCUGUCAGUCUCUCUCCCUGUCUCCCAACGUGUUUGUGUGCGCGUCUGUGUGUAAGAGCGUGCACGUUGCGUCGAGAGCGGACAGUCUUCCCAGCUCGAGAGGGGCAAAAGCUGAGGGGCCCUCCUCUGGUGUGAUAUUAUACCACGAGUGUUCGGGACAAGAACAGCAGCUGCUGUUGUGGUUUUUAUCGCGUGAACGCAGUUUUGGGUGUUCGAAGUCGAAGGAAACCUUUCCAGCAUUGUGCAAACAAACUCCAAAACCAAUUCUUUUCUAAGGGAAUAAAACAAAGGCGCCAGGUCUGUGAGUGCGGAAUUUCGCGGCUAACGACUGACUCGUGUGCUGUGCGCUCGCUCCGACUCAGACGUGCUCAUGAAUCAUCCUCGCCGGCGUGUUGUUUAGAAGUAGCCUACCGCACUGUAACCGCGGCAAAUUGAACGUUGUCUCUCUCGGGCCUUCUGUCGUGAUGUUCUGUGUUUGAGAUUGGCUUAGCCUAAAGGUAUACGGGCAGGAGACCAGUAUGGAAUUCAGCUUUCUCUUUAAAUGUUGAAUAGAGUAGGGCCAGGUUCAUGUCGUGUCAGUGGAAAGUAGAGCUAAGGGUGUUGAGGUGAAGCGUUCACGUGGGAUAAUUCAAAGUUCCAGAUUUUGGCUGACUACCCCAAAUUCAAGUUACGUUCUUUUCUGACUUCAGGGUCCAGGUCACGGAGAACAGUACAGAAGUGGGACAGACAUCGAUGAAAGUACUGUAGCUUACAUGUUGUCAUCACUUUUGUAGUUGACAAGACUUGAGAAAGUACAACAACGUGUCAAACAUCAACGUCCCUUUGUGAAAGGCUUUGUGAUCGUUUUAUAUGGUCUUUUAAAGAUAGCUGCGUGUUCGGGAGUGUACUAGGUGUGAUGUGUUGUGUGUUCAGGAAAAGUGCAGUUUACUGUUUAAAUAAAAGUGAUUGAUCUCUGAACUUACAAACAAGGAUAUUUAUGACAUGCUGCGAAAAAUGGCCCCCUUCUUCAAGUGCUUGUUUCAAGGAGCUGGAAUGUGUCGAAAGACUGGAAUGUGCAAAAGCAAAGGACUAUGGUCAUUGGUUAUAUGCCUUUUUGUUCUAGGACUGUAUACAGGAUUCCAAGUGAUGUACACUCCAGUUCACAUGAGAGUUUGCCCAGAUCCCAUAUACGAUCAACAGUUUUACCAGAACAAUGAGAACAUCACCAUUGUCACGAUGUAUCUGAACAUCGGUAGCCUCACGAAGACCUCAUUCUGGUUCUUCUCUCACUCUUCCUACACUACGGACACCUACAAGCAGUGGCUCAUCUCAUGGGGAAAGCUCAACAAUAAAGUGAUUGCCUUUUUUGACGAUGAUGCUUUUAUCACGCAGUUCAGAUUACUUCGUUCUCAUCUGCCAGAGAGCCAUACAAAAGUCAUCAAAAUUAAUCGAUAUGACUUGCCUGCUUUCAAGAACUUGGAACGGGUGAAAGAAGUUGUGAAAAAUCCCUCUUUUAAAGUGUCUUACCCUCCUGAGUACACUUGUGUUAUGAAUGCCAAAUAUGAUGCUUUGGACGAGGCCUUAAAGAUGGUUGAUUCGCAAUCAGAAUAUAUUGCGUGGAUGGAUAUUGGACUUUUCAGGAGGUUGGAACCAUCUAAUCCUCCCUUCAUCUUGAGAGUUCCUCCAGGCUUCAAUAGUAGCAAGGUCGGAGUGUCUGAAGUCACAGCAAGACAAACUUUUGCUUCCUUUAGCCCGGAAGAAAUUUAUGAAAAGAACAUUGUGUGGGUAGCAGGCGGAUAUAUUCUAGCUCAUAGAAAGGUGCUGCCUAAAUUCAUAAGCGCCUACAGAUCGGCUGUGGACAGGCUGUUGGAUCAGGGGUUGGCAGACACGGACCAGCAAGUCCUAGCCUCAAUGUACUCUCCUCCAAUGGCGCACCAGCAGGAGGUCACUCUUUCUACAUACAGCUGCCCCAGGGGCUCCUUUGGGCUGUUUGGCCACGGUUACCUCUACUUUUGCCUUCCUUACAUCUGCAAGGAAUCAGCAGAAUGUCACAAACAGUUCAGAUUACCUGAAAAUGGGCUUAGUAUAACUCCUAUGUGAACAUUUUUUUGAGAUGUGUUACUAGAGAUAGUUAGUAUUUUUAUCAAUGGAAUCCCCAUGCCUCAUGCACAACCGGUGUAGAGCAUUUUUUUUUUUUUUGGGUGCUGAUAUUAAACAAUUUUUGAAGAGCUCAUUUGGGUUCUGUUCGAAGUAAAUGAUCAUUUAUUUGAUUUCAAUACCAAGUAUUACUUGUCCAUUUUGUGAUUUGGUGCUUACAAAAGAUGAGAAGGAAGAUUAUUACUGAUGUAAGUUCCCCUUAUCCUAUGGUUAUAGUCUGAAAAAAGUUUCAGCUGAGACAGCAGUCAUUUUUAAACUGCUCUUUUAUUUAGUGAUACUUGAGGUUUAACACUUUGCCCCCACAGGACGCCGAUCAGCAACCGUAAGAAGCUGUCUCUUUUUCCCACGGGACGCUGAUCGGCGCCGGUGUGAGAUACCUUGUACUGCAUCUGUAUCUUGGUCCGUAGGGAUAAGUGUUGCGUGCUGCGUGGGUGGAAAGUGUUAAAUAGAUUUGUUUUUGUUUCUGUUUGCUUGUUGGACAGCAGUUCAACCCAGCUAAUGGACGAAUUUUGGUCUCAUUUCAUGUUUAAAAACAAGUUUUCUGUACAUCAUGGAAAACUGCACCUUGCCAUUACACCACAUGCUUCCAUUUUUUUUUUUUGUUUGACCAAUGUUUUUGGGGUAUAGUUUACAUACCUUUUAUCAGCUCAUUCAUUUGCUCACUUGAUAUGUGCGUGCAUGUAUUUGUUUAUUUUGGUUUUAUAGUUUUUGUAUUUUUAAUGAUUAUGUGCUCAUCGAUCAUAAUGUAUAAAGCACAAGACACCAGAGUUGCAUCAAAGAUAAUCAGUAGCAAGCUGCUCAGAUGCUCUAGGCCCAGAAAGCAAGAUUUUUCAGUGAAGAGAAAAAAGUUUCAUUCCUUUAAGAAUUAUACCUAUUUUAUAUAUCUUUUCUUGUCUGCAUUCAGAAUUUAAACUUUGACAAAAUAUUUCUCAAGUAUAUAUGCAACUGAUACCACAGAUUAAAAAACCUGCAAUUUAAACAGGGGGAAAAAUGAAGAUUUUGGGCUUAGUUCAUCUGGACAGCUUUCAGACAUAACAUGCUUUUUACAUGGGUGUUACACAUUUUACCAGAUUAACUUGUUGUGAAAUCAUCAAGGUGACAACAUUCCAUAGGAAGGAAGCAUUCAAAUUAAUAUAUUCUCAUAAGUACUUGCAUGACAUAAUCUUAGGUAGAUGUUUGUUAUAAUCUGAAAUCUCUUGUUGUAGUCUUAAAUUUCUAAGGACAGUCUCUGGUUCAGCAAUCAGGAAUUUGAGGGCCUUGUCACAUACACUACUCCAAAACCAGUCCCACUAAAUGUCAUUUUGUUUGCUGUUUAUCAUCUGUUGUUAUCUGUCUUGGAUUGUGUUUUGAAAAAAUUGGCCAGUCUGAAUUAGCCUUGGUAACAUUUAAUCUAGUCCUAUGUAGUGACUAAUUAUCUUUUUUUUUUUAAUGGUGCCAAAGCUACUUACUGUGGAAAAGUCUCAUACAUCAUCAAGAAUCUUAUAGCCAAGUAUUAUGGUAAAGGAGAGGAGCUUCUCAUGGGUCUGCAUGAACAAACUUGUGAAUAAAAAGUCUCUAAAAGGAAAAGCUUUUUCAUGGACAACCCUCUCCCCACCUCACCUCCACACGUAAGCCUUCAAGGGUUCAAGAGUAGGUUGAAUGUUCACAUGGUAUCAUGCUGGGUUAUGAUGGCUCAGGUCUAUUAGAAAUGGACAUAAACUCAGUUGACCCCUGGGCAUGCCUGAAUGUGACUAGCUUUACCGUUCUGUUCACGGAAGGCACUCUUCAGCAAUGCAGUGGUGUAUAACUGGUAGUCUAUGCCCAGGAGCUGUAGUGCAGAGGUUGUGCGAGCUGGACUUUGAAGAGAGGGCUCAAAAAGUUAAUCCGAAGAUCCAUUACAUACUGCAUAGCAUGCUCACCAUAUCGGUUAAUUUAUCUGUGGUCUGAAUUGUGAGAGAAAUCUCUAAUAUCUUAUCGGCUAAUGUGAGAUCUCAACUUGUUUGUUUAGCCUGGUCUUAAGGUUUGGGUUGGGAAAGUCAGUUGGACUAGCCUGUAUCCUCUCACUCUUAUCAAGGGUAGUUGGCAAAAUUGAGCUUUGACAUCUGACAGGCUUCAGCACUAUGAAGACACCCCCCCACCCCCUUCCUCCAUCCCCAGUGGUCUUGUAGGCUAUAGGCUCAGAAAACAGAAGCCUUAGUCAUAGUGAUAAUAAAAAGCAUGUGCCUUCAAACCUGCAAAGACUACUUUGCUAAAAGGUAGUAGUGCCUACAGCUAACUCCACUUGGGUUGAACUCGUUUUAGUGGAUGAUCUUCGGUUUAGUUGUUCUUUUUUGGGGGGGGAUCCCAGCACCUCUUCUUUUUUACAGGUCCCAACAGUUAAGUUGAACUUCGGAUGAGUUAUCUUUUUUUCACUCCCUAGAUGACAUCAACUCAUCCAUAGUCGACUAAAAUAGAUUAUUUUCAAUUAUGCUUCUGCUACAGUAAGAAUUUUAAUGUGUAAAGCAGUCCUUGGGGCUUUUGUAGAGGGUGAAAAUGUUUGUAAGCUGUAUACUUACCGUGCUUGAUUAACAAAUGUUUAGUCAACAGAGAUUUUUUUUUCAUUUUUCUCGUAUGAUUUGAUAAGACAACUUUUCUUAAAUUUUGUCAUUUUUGGCAGUACAGAAAACAGGAAAAUUAAGGCCUAAAGGCUUUUGUAUUGAGUGCUUAUUGUCAUCUUUGACAGAAAUUUCAUAGGAAACUGAAGUCUUUUGCAUUGGCAAAAAGUUAAUCCAGCCUAGCACGUACAUGGGGAAAGGAUUUUCAGGUACAAGUUAGAUUUUCUUAAACACGACCACUAAGUUUGUUUACCAGAGAGGUAGAGAGAGAAAGAUAGUGGGUACAAUAUAAAUGAAGACCAACAACCUCUCUAUAGGUGAGAAUGGAGGGCACAGAAUAUUACAAAGAAAAAUUAGUAUGCUAUGAAAAGAUUUCUGCAUCUGGCUGAUUUCACUCUGCUGACUUGAAGAUUAUUUUAGCAAGUUUGAGCUGCAUAUAUAUCAGGCAACAUGUACAUUUUUAUAGACAAUUUGAUAAUUAGGCACUCGUAGGCUGACCCCUAAAGGGGAUUUUAUUUUAUGAUUUUUUAUAACUGCAAUUUUAGAUCUUCUUUACCAGUGUUUUAAAAUUCAACUUCAUAGUGUUGACAAAAGCAAUUUUUUAAGUCUUAGGCCAAUGGUUCAUAAAAUUCACACCAAGGAAACAGGUCUGGCCAAAAUCAGGAAGCAAAUUAGAUUUGCAGUCUUUGAAUGUGCUCAUGGAAAACUCUGAUUCUGUUUCUUGUGUUUUCUCAUAUGGUUUACCGAAGCUCUCUUUUUGCAAACUUUCUAAACAAACGUAAUAAUCUUGAAACUAUAGCUCUUUCAAAGCCAGGCUGCAAGAAUCUUGUCUAUAAAGAGGAAAUGUAACCAUGUUAUCCCUAUUUUAAAAAGUAGGUCUAAACUUAAUUGCUCCCAACAACAGCAAGCAUUGCUUACAAGAUUGUUGUCCAUUUCCACAAAUGUGUAAAUAUUAAAACCUUUUUGUAUUCAAACAACCUCAUUCAAUUUAUAUUCCACCAAAACCUUUAAGUUUAAGAUCAGUGGAUCAGUCCCUUAGGGCAGCACCCAGUGAGGGAGGUGAAGAACUCGUUGACAGGUCCUUUCCUCAUCUAGCUCCGUCAAUCGGGGACUCUCUCCCAUAGUAUAUGAGGGAUACAAAGUCAAAGGCAAAAUUUAAAACUCAUGUAAUAACAUACUUCAUUAAAUGCCACCUUGAGAGUCCUCAUUCAUAGUACUCAUCUUAAAAACGUGAUGGGCAUAAAGUCACCAGUUAUGCUGUGAUAGUAAGAAUGUCUGCUUAUGUGUUAAGGUUUAAUCUAAGCAUGUGUGCAAGUUCUUGCAUGUAUAUUUUGUGCUAAAAUGAAGGUUUUGUGAAGUGCUUAGAGCUAUAUUGUACGGGAGUGGCCUCAAUAUAAAUUGUCUGCAUUAUUAUUAGUAUCAUUAUAUAAAUGAAAGACUACAAUUUGUUUCAGGUUUUGAUCUUACUUCCCCUUGAUCUGUCCAAGUCUUACACAAUGGGGAAGACCAGAAGAAAAUGAGAUAUUAUUUAAUGAAUGACUGUCUGAUUGCGUCCCAUAACUUACCAACCAUUGUUUCAUAUAUUAUGAAUAAAUUGUACCUUAUUUAGUCUGUUUUUCAGGUCAGUGUUCAAAACUACAUGUAUCGACUUUCAUACAAUGAAAUGUAGGGAGACAGACAGAGAGGGGAGAUCUGAAGAUACUGAGAGAUAAAGAAGCGAAAAGAGUGGGGGAGAACGAAUAAAAGAGUGUGUAUAUGACAGAGAGAGAUAGAGAGAUCUCUGAUCUGAUUUGAUAUGAUUUGAAAGCGCAAAAUGUAUCUAUAUUGUAAAAGGUGAAUACAGUGAUGUCGACUUGACAGCAAUCCAGUUAAAGAGCAACCUCCGCCUAACAGCAACCUAAGCUCAUGUAAAAAUAGAAUUUUCCAAUAUAAAUAACCUCUUUAACAGCAACCUUUACCUCUAUAACAACACCCUUUGUUGCUAUAAAUUGUCUCGUGGAAAUUAUUUUGGGCUAUUAAAAAACAGUGUGAACACAAAGA